UCUAUCAGAAUUUACGCAUAUCAUUCUUUGCAUUGCAGGCAGGUGGGAACAGUAUUACUAUUAUUCAGAAUUUAUUUUGGUAGGUAGGUAGUACUUGGUUACAGUGUUCAACAGUAGCAAGCUUGUCGUCCAAAGCCUGACCUGACUGAGUGCAAAAACGUAGAGGCUUUAAGUAUCGCCACCCGCUGAUGGUCAUGUUUGAAUUAUUUUACCAGCAAACAAACUUCACAAUUGCUUGCUGCUUAAAUCAAGAUUCCAAAUUGAGAUUGAUAUCUGCUUCAGUUCAACCGUUCAAUGGGCAAGUUUUAAACACAAAAUUGUUAAGAUAGAUCAUCUUUUAUUAUACACACUUUGAAAUUCUACUUCAUCGUCACCUUGUAUUUCCUAGUAUCCUUCCCCUCCUGUCAGUCUACUAUACUUUAAUUUUUUCAAGAGAUGGAAAUCAUGCUAUAUACUGGCUAUUUUUGCAAAAGAUAAAACUUUUUGUGUUAUCUUAUCUGUCCUUUUAAUCGUAUUACCCGUUGUUAAAUAUUUUUAUGAUCUCCCAAAAACGUCAACCUUGAGAAUAAUUGCGGCUGACUCUGAAUUUAAUGGUAAAGAAUGAAUGAAAGAACUAAAACAGGUUAUGAAUUUUACCAUAUAUACUUCACUUUUCUUCAGCUAGAAUAUGAAGAUGAACAUUUUAGUUUUUAAAAAACUUGAGAAAGUAUUCAACUCCUGUAAAGAUCUUUUUUCAAUGGAUUGUUUGUUCAAAAUAUACUUUUUAUGGAAAUGUGAUUCAAUUGUAUAAAAAACAUUGAAAUGUUUUUAAAGGGGUUUGUAUUUUUGGAUUAAAAUAGCUAGAUGAAUAGAAAUGACACUAUUUCAAUGUUCCUGGAAAUCAUCUUCUAGCUCUUAAAUUGUUUUGGAAGCUCUGAAAAAGUGAGAUUUUUUCUGGAUAUUCAUUUACGUUUAUCUUUUAUGUGUAGUGUAGACUCUCUAAAGAAAUUUCGGCCUUUGUUAACGUUUUUGUACAACCGGUAGGAUGCUUGUUGUUUAGAAUUGUGGUACGUUUUGGUUGGUGCAAUUCUUUAAUUAUAACGACCUCUGGCGGUAAAAAUCAAAUCCAAUCUUGAAUGAACAUUGAUUUUCUACAAUAUGAUAUCUCUAUUGCGGAAAAUAUAACUAUACCGCCUGUUAGCUGCCACCAUGAAUGUUAGGUCAGCGACAUCGUCAAUAUCUACAGUUAUUCAAGGUUCUUGUUUGCAGAACGUUGAAAGCAUACUCAACAACGUUUUUGUAGCAGACGAAAAAGAUGGGAAAUAUUAAGAUGGUCAUACUUGAGAUUCUCAUUUUCCUGGCUGUGAUACACGUGUCACCUUGCUGCUGCUUGGCAUUGGACGUAAACAGAUUUUAUGAUGACUGUAUAGUACGGAUGGGAGAAAAAGGUUGCUGCAAAGAGGUCUUUCAUCACGAUUAUAGAAACCGCCGGUCAUGCUAUGUGGAGCGUAUUUUGCAAAGUGGUUUUUGUCAGUUGAAAGGACAAACCGACCUAACGUACAACUGUCCAAUGAAUAUAAUGCCAGAUGCAGGAUUUGCCCAUCCUCUCGGUAUGCAGAGUGGCAGAAUUCGAGCCAGCCAACUGAGUGGGCCUAACAAUGCAGACAAAAUGGCACUGACAAAGGCUCGACUUUUCGGACAGGACGGCUGGAAGCCGGAUGAUUCUUACUUGGGAUCAGUUACUACAACACUUGCUUCUGAAACCUUGCCAACAUUGCAGGACGACCAAUCUACUUCAUGGUUACUUUCACAAGAAUGAAGAAAAUUUCUUACUUUCUUAUAUCCGACACGCGAUGGAGCUCGGAUGAUUAUGAUCAGACGUUCUAUAUUAUUUACAACGACACGCAAUGGAAGAACUACGGAUCAGCGCAGCCUGAGGAACUAAAUUGUGAACAAAUUUUUGGAGCUAAGUCGCAGACCUGCCGUCAUAUCCUCAAGCCUUUUCUGGCCUUUUCUGUAAAAGUCAUAGCAAAGAAUUACAAAAUGGAGUUCAAGCCACUGUGGAGAAUGGAGUUUGGAGGUCUCGAUUACAUGGAAGGUGACAAUUAUUGGCCUAUGGAUAAGAUCAUGCAUCGAAGUGGUAAUACGAACGCUGAAAUUCCAGACGAGCGCGGAAAGCUUGUUCUAGUGACCGACAUUGUCCCACAUUCUGGCUCAUCGACAAGCUUUACAUAUCUUGAUGACUUGAGGUCAAUAGCCAGCCCUGGAGCAUCGCCUACUGCUAACGUGUUAUUUACUGGUAACGCCAACACAUGCCCCUUUGAGCCAAGAACAUGUGUGUUUGGACUGAGCAGUUGCUUUUGGAUGCAGAGGACAGCUGCUUAUGGAACUGUCAUGAGCACCUCAGAUGCUUCGUCAAAAGGAUUCUCAGUUUCAUGGCAAAUGAACGGUGUCUUAAAAUUCAGUAUUCAUUCGGGCGAUAAAACCUGGGAGGCUGGAAUCACCAUGUCAGAUUGCUCUUCAAGCUCGAGCUGUAACUCAGAGGCAAAAUGGAUGCAUGUCGCUGCGGUCUGGGACAAAACGAAUUUGGCAUUGUACGUAAAUGGAAACCAUACGAGGACUGAUGUUGGAAUAAUUGAUUCAAGAUCGGGUGUGUCAUCAAGUUUUCAAGUAUGGAGACUUCUGGAACUUAGAGAAAUUCGCUUGUGGGACUACAUUUUAUCUAGUGACGACAUCAAGAAUGUUUAUAAUGAAAGAAAGAUUGACUUCACAAUAACAGCCAUGGAUGAUUUGGGAAAUUGGAAAACAUCAGCUGGUUGUACGGAGACAAAGGAUACAGGGCCAUGUGAAGAUCAAUCUUUUCAGGCUGAUCCAGGAGAUGAUACCGGAUACCUGGAAUAUGAUGGAUUUUUUGUCGAUAUUUCUGUUACCAAAAACUACAUCUGCAACACAGGGUACCUUAAAGAUGUGACAGGAGAAGCGAGAGAAGAAUUUCCGUAUGACGUGGCUGUUGUCAUGGGUUUUACCGUUGAAAUUGACAAUGAAUUCAACAACGAUCACCUGAGAGCCUUUAAAGUACGAUUUACAGCGGAUACUGGGAAUCCUUCCAAUCUGAAUGCAAAUAUCUACGCAGCUUACUCACGAAACUAUGAUGGGAAAUACCAGGCCAGUUGCCGAUCAAAAAACUUCCGCAGAGAUAUCUACACAGGGCCUAUAACCUGGUCAACGGGGCCCUGGGAAGAUAGUGAGACUUACAAGACACCAAAUCUCAAGGAUAUUGUUCAACCUUUCUUUUCAGCUGGAAAAAACGAAAAGGAUUUGACCUGGAAACGUUACUUCUUCAUCAUUUUCGAGUGGAAAACUACACGAGGGAGCUCUCUUCGAAUACGCACGAAAAAGGAACCAAAUUAUUAUAUUAAAUACAAAGAUAAAAGACCAGACAAAUAUAUAUAUGCAGAUGCAUCAAAUGCUCCGUAUCCAGGAUAUCCACUGCGGUAUAAAACAAACCCAAUCAUACCAAGGAUGAAAUGCCUCACAUUCUGGUAUCACAUGUAUGGCACCGGGAUCGGCAUACUAUCAGUCAGCAUGCGGCAGCAGAAAUCCGUGCUUAAAGAAAUAUUCAGGCUUUAUGGCGAUCAAGGAAACGUUUGGAAAAAUGCAUCCGUGCCACUUGUUGGUUUGAACGAAACGUCUUUCCAGUUUCAGGUUAUCUUCACGGCCAUUCGAGGGAGAACAACAACCGGAGAUAUUGCAAUAGACACAAUAAAGUUCCACAUUGCCCCCUGCAGCCUGAUGCCAGGUUCAGCGCAGCCCCCGAACUACAUUCAAGCCACUUUUCCUGUAGCAGUAGAGACCUUGAACAUGCCGCUACCAGUUUUCCUCAUGUCAUUUGUGAAUGGCCUCACACUCUACGGCUCACAGACCCUAGUGGUAACAAGGUCCUCCGUUGCUGACAAAAAUCCAACGACAGAUUCUUUCGGUUUACCAUUGGCUGACGGCUAUUUCAGUGGCACUGUUGUAAAGAUGGUUCCUCGCCAUCCAAUUCAAAACGGCAGCGACUUUACACUGUCUUUUCAAGUGCGUCCAGAGUCUUUAACUGAAAGCACAAUACUGUGGUUUGGAUAUGACAACAUUACUGCUUUGUCAGUCAGUGUGCUCUUUUCGGGAAAUCUUUCUAUCACGCUGCAAGAUGAAUUCGGAAGCCGCACUUUCAAAUCAUCGGCAAUGUUGAAGGAAGGCACCUGGUCGUAUGUUGCUGUUGUGUUUUCACAAAUUGAACAGCUCUUGACAACUUUUAUAGAUAGCGAGUUAAAAGAUGAAUUCAUCCUCAAGAAUGCAAAAAGAUUGCCUCAUCCUCUUAAUAUUCACAUUGGAGGCAACAACACUCUUCCCAUGGAUACUUUCAAAGGUCAUCUUUCGUGCGUACAAUACUAUGGCGCUGCAUUGGAGACUCAUAUCAUUGCCGUGCAAGCAGUAUGUCCAAAUCAGCAUGUGGCAGGGGCUUGUAAAAAUGAAUGCAAAAUGGAGGCAGUUUGUGAUCAGAUAAGGUUGCAGUGCGUUUGUCCACCCAAUGCCAACAAAUAUGUGAACGAAAACUGCUCCAACGCAUUGGAAUCGACAAUUUACAAUAGAACAUCAGCCUACGCAAGCUUUGAUAACAAGAGACAAGUGCAGGCUGCAUUAGGCCCUAGUUUUUAUCAACCGAAUAUCCCGGUUGCUGAAAAUGACACAAGGCUGGAAAAUGCUUCGUACUUUUUUACAAAUGGUCCUGCAAAUCUUGCGUUGUGUACAGCUUUUAGCUCUAGGAUCCGUAUUAAAGAGCUUGAAAGUGACUGCAUUGUUCAAAGGACCUGUCCUGGUAGUUUCAGCUUGACAUACUGGGUGCUGAUGCCUUCCUGGCAGAGCAUGCUCACAAAAGAUGAACUAACGUUGAUUGAUUUUGGAAUCCUCACAGUUAAGUUCGUUGAAAAUAGAACAGGAAUGAACUCAACUUUAAGAAACGCACAUGCAUUGAUAGCCAAUGUAACAUUGGGUGGGGAAACCUGCCAAUGGAACAUUGGCCAGUACCAAGAGUUCUAUGGGGUUUGGAGUCACCAUGUCAUAUCUGUCGAUGCAACAACAAAUGCCGUCUCUGUAUUCUAUAAUGGGAAAUCUGCGUCCGUCGAGAAAAGAGACUGUUUUGCUGCAGCAGCAUCAGCAAGUCCAGUGGAAGUAUAUCUCGGAGGGGGUGCUCCGCACAUAUGCUUUGAUGAAGUGGCACUAUGGCAAGCUGCAACUACAUCGUAUACUGCGCAAUGGUUGUACAAUUCAUUUGUUUUUGCGGGUUAUGAUCAAUUUCCACAAAAAGGAAUAAACUUCACUGAAUUAACUUUUAACGACGAGACAGGAUCGUUGUGGGCAGUAGAUGUAAAUAAUGAAGUGUAUUUCUAUCACCCUGAUCAAUACUGGAUGAAAAUUGAAGGAAGAAUGAAAAAAGUCUCUCCCGGACUGAAUGGUAUUUGGGCAGUAGAUGAGGAUGGUUAUCUCCGAUUCCGGUCCGGUGUUAAUGAAAGCGUUCCUGAGGGUUCCCAUUGGACAAUGGUACCGCGCUCUUCAUAUGGUUCAAUGACGUUACAGACAGUUUGCAGUGGGUACAAACAUGGAGUCGCGUUUUUUAUUGAGUCAACAACAAGCCAACUGCACUGCUUCAACGUUCUGGGAAAUGGAGAAGUACAAUAUUCCACUGCAACGAAUUUGUAUGCUACUCAAAUUGCCUGUUCAAGAUAUCAUUGCAUUGUCUACAAAGAUGAUCUGACAGUACAUUCGUUGCCCCUUAGCAGCUUUGUCUGUUCUUCCUCGGUGUCAUCAAGCAUGACAAGUUUGCAACCUUCUACGCCUAUGCAGCAAAUUUCCACAGACAGCAUGGGCUUUUUUUUCCAAAUCACUACUUCGGGUCUUUUAUAUAGGCUGGUACCAAAUUCAAACGCUUGGAACCUAGUCCCUACUGAAGACACGCUAAACCCAAAGUCUGUUUUGUCGAUGAAUGGGCAGCCUGUUGUCAUCUUGCCAUCAGGAAAACUUAAAAUAUUAGAAAAAGGAGAAAAAGUUUAUAAAGUGAUGCACUCUGGUGGACUUUGCAUGCAGUAUUCACGCAUUUGGAAUAGGUUCCAUUAUUUAAAGUCUUGCGAUCUAAUUCGCAUAGAGGAUCAGUUCUGCAUCAAAAGCCUUACAGCUCAAGAGUGUGUUUAUAUAAAUGGAGAUUACUCUCUAUCUUCACACAGCAGCUGCAUACACCAAUUUACCAUACAAGAUUUGUCUACAAUUCGGCAAGGAGGAAGAGUGUUAGCACCGGAUUCACUUCAUCCGGGAAAUGAUGUAAACCUUUACAUGCGAAGUUCACUGAAUACCAGAAAUAACGACUACUACGCGUUUACUUUCCAGCAAGCCUCUGCGUUCAUGGCAAUUAACAGCUUCUAUCCUCCAAAAAAGAUUGAAGGAGUUGCCAAAGGGGAAUUAAUUUAUACCGUAUCAGUCUUCUUCAAAUUCAGAGAUCUGUCAUUCUAUGACAACUUUAGAGAUAUUACUGGAAUCGAGGCAAAGUUUGUUCACAGAAAAGUAGAAGCAGAGCUGAAACAAGUCUUUGCAGAAAGCAACUCCUUUGUUAAAGUAAAGCUAGAAGAGAUCGGUCCUGGAAAGCAAAUCAACGAGGACUGCCCAUUCGCAAAUUGUUUCAUACCUUUGGAAUUGAAAUUCAAUGGAAGAUUGUUCUUUUCGUAUCUUUCUGCCUAUGAAAAGGACAUUCUCGUCUCAGAUAAGUUUAAUGGUGGUUAUACUGAUUGUCAAGGAAAUGAAUGCGCUUUUCAGCUGGACAAAAAGCAGAGGAAUGUACUUAUCAAUCCUGCAAAUGUGGUCUUUGUAAAUAGCACAAGCACUUCACUCGUAUUCAGAUACAUCCCUCGAAAAUUCCAAGAAGCUCAUGCUGGCUAUGACAUUUCAUAUGUUGGCAUUGAUAAACUGGUUUCAUCUAGGUUCUUUAAUGGAAAUUUCACCCUGCGAGAUGGCCUUGUCUUCAAUGUGUCCAAUCUUCAACCAAAUGUUGACUAUACCCUCACUGUAACGCCGCUGGAGAUUCAAAAUAGUGCCCUUCCUGCCAUAAUAUUAAUGGCUGCAACUCUUGAAGGCGCACCAAGUGGCACUCCAGUAACUCAAGUCACAUUUGUGAAUAGUACAGCAUGUUUUUUGCAAAUACAAGAUUUGCCAAACGAUCUUUGGAAUGGGAUAUUAAUAGGUUACCGUAUUUAUUAUGCACCAAGCGAAAGUGUAAUUUACAAACAUGAAUUUUCGAACAAUGAAUCGAGGAGAUAUAAUUUUAGUGAGAUAACUCACAGCACGGUGGGAUAUUCUGAAUACAAAGCACUAGGCCUUCAAACAUUUACGAACUAUGUAUUUUACAUUGCCGGCUUUACCAAUGGUGGAACGGGGCCCUUCUCGAGAGUUGAAUGUCAUACACUUGAUGGAGCACCAUCCAUAACUCCUGAAAAAUUCAAUAUGUCGUUUAUAAAUUCGAGUCAUGUUGGAGUCCACUGGAAACCAUUUUCGGACGAUUUCCGAAUAUGGAAAACGAAUCAAACUACAACACGCGGAUAUUUAGUUAAAAUGAAGGAAGAAAGCUAUCCAAGAAGUCUCAAGAUAGAACAGAACAUAAACGUGACAGGACAGAACCAAUCUCACGCUGUUAUUGGCCCGUUGGAACCAAACAGAGUUUACAGUUUUAGACUGGCUGCUUUCAACCACAUUGGCAUUGGCCCAAUAACAAUACGGAUUUGCUUGAAAAUGCCGGAAGGAGCUCCUAGCUUGGGUAUAGACACUCUGGCUGUUUACUCGAAUACGUCUUCCACACUCGGUCUCACACUCGGUGGAAUGGAUAUUAAGGGUGAGAAUGGAAGAAUCCUGUACUACAAUAUAUCCUAUAUGGCUAAUCUUGCGAGCGAAGUGCUAAGAGAAUCUUCAGCUGCGUGGAUUUCAGAUCUGAUUUUUCCUGAUACAUCUUCCGCAGCUCAAGUUAAUGCCACAUGUAAUAAAAUGCAACGCAGGAUUUUUUCAAGCACUGCACAAUUCUUGUCUUGUCGCAACGAGACUAGUUUUUUGCAGCCAACAGCCAACAUAAUUAACUUCACAGUAACAGGCUUGCAGUACUGGACCUAUUAUACGAUAAGAGCAUCUGCCUGCUCUUACAAAGGAUGUGGUCCUUAUAACGAUUCUGUAUACAUACGAACUGAUGAACAUAAACCGACUUGUAGCAGUGAACGCAUUUCAUCAAGCUCCAUGGCAUCCACUGCUUUAAAUUUCUCAUGGGUUCCACUUAGAUCAAACUGUACUCAUGGGUACUUUGCUGGAUAUAGACUUUACUUCGCAAAUGCAUCAGCCCUCUCUGAAUUAUUCAACCUCUCUAAUAGCUUCCCAUUGUACAAUGCUACGCUUCAGCAAAGCAAGUUUUUCAUUGAGACGGUGCAAGCCAAAUGGAGUGUUGAAGGCCUAAAAAAGUACACUAACUACUGCAUUGCGAUAUCUGGCAGCACCGUCAAAGGGUUUGGACCAUUAAGCCAUGCUCACUGUGCAACAACACUCCAAGAUCGUCCAGAAGGACCACCGAAGAAUAUACGGAUCACGCUUAGAACAGCAGCAAUGAUCGAAAUUUCGAUGGAAGCUCCAGAGAAAGAAAUUCGCAAUGGAAUUAUUCUUGGUUACAAUAUUUACUUUUCUUGGAAAACAGUUGAUGGCUUUUGGUCGAACGAACAGAACCGGACAGUUGCAAAAGAUGACUACGAAAAUGGGCAUACAGUCACACGUUUCAAGAAUUUACUUUACUUUACAAAAUACAAAUUUGAAAUCGUGGCUUUUACAUCUGCCGGCGCAGGGAACAGAAGUGGCAUUUAUUACUUCAAUGUGACAGGAGAAAGCACUCCUUCAGCUGCGCCGAGGAAUUUCACCGCAUAUAACAUAUCUGACUCGGGUAUUAUGCUGCAAUGGAUGCAAGUCGAAAGGGCGCGACUUCAUGGAACGUUCCGCGAAUUUAGAAUCACUCUGAACGAAACGUUAGCAGAUAGAAGCUUUGGCACGCGGAGGGAAUUUUAUGUUGCUGCCAACAUGGAGCAAAUCACUCCAUCGGAUCUCAUCCUUGCUGUUUAUAAUAUUUCCGAUAACGUCAAAAGCAAUUUCACACUGGCUAAAUACGACAAUGGUACUGCAAUGUACUACCUUACCUUGAUUGGUCUAAAGCCCUACACAAACUAUUCAAUUGAGUUGGCCUCUUGCACAACCCCUGGUUGUGGAAAUACUACCGUUGUUAGGCUGACGACCAAAGAGAGUUCUCCUGCCGUAUCACCAAAGAUUUCGUUUGUUGCAAACUCAACCCUGUCAACAGAGUUAGUUAUCAAAUGGCUUGAAAUUCCAGUUUUGGAGAGAAAUGGUGUUAUCACAGGAUAUGUUCUACGUUUGAUGAAAUUUUGUGACUUUCUUAAGCAGCUAAACAAUAAAAAGACCUUAUUUGACUGCAGCCGUUCUCUGUAUGACAGUGCAACUAAUUUCAAUACUGAAUUCGUUUCCAGUCACCUUCUGCAGGCAACAAUCGGAAAUUUAUCCUCCUACACUCACUAUCUAAUCAGAAUUGCAGCUAUGACAUCUGCGGGCACUGGGCCCGAGUCAGAAGUUAUUGUGCUUACUGCAGAAGAUGUUCCAAGUGCAGCGCCUGUGAUUACUGCUGCCUACAACACCAGUGGAAAGAGCAUCAAGCUUGAAUGGAUCAACAUCCCUCUGCCAUAUCAAAAAGGCAUACUGCUUGGCUACAACGUUCGAUAUAUCAGAACCAAUGCAAGUAGUGACGUCAUCGCUGAUUCCAUCAACUGCACUGAUAUUUCACAGAAUGUGACGCAGUGUGAAGUAAGAGGCCUAGACCUCUAUGCUUACUACAACUUUUCAAUAAGAGGAUAUACAAUCAAAGGUUUGGGGCCUACAACGCAGGAUAUCGUUGUCAGAACUGGACCAUAUGCACAUGGUGGCUGGGCAGAAUGGUUGAGUUGGUCGUCAUGUUCCAAGAGCUGUGGUGGUGGUUUGAGGUUUCGACGUAGAGAAUGCACCAACCCUUCCCCUUGGAACGGAGGAGACUACUGCAAGGGUUACAGUAUCAGCAAUGAAACGUGUAACACAAGACGUUGCUCAGGAAUGUACCUGGCUCUUCUUGGAGAAGACUGCUUGAAUCACUGUGCGACAAGAAAUUUGACAUGUACGCGUCAAAUCAAACUUAAAGACUCCCCAGCUAAGUUCGAGCAACUUGGGAAACAGUGCGAAGACAAGACCAGCCAAGCCACGUGGAAGCAGCCUUUCCAUCCUGCGUUCAUUGAAAAUGACAACAUCUGUGCAGGUUUCAAAGAUAUACCAGCUCUCAUUUCAUGCAACGCAACUCCGCCUAGCGAUGAGAAAACGAGAAGACUGUGCAAUUGUCUACAUCCAUCGGACAUUGGCUUCGGUGAGUGGACAGCAUGGAGCUAUUGCACGAAAUCCUGCGGAGGAGGAAAGCAAAUUUCAAGAAGAAACUGUUUGUUACCAAAUGGAGGUUGUAAUGGUGACGGAGUAAUGACAAAGGAUUGUAAUACAUUGUCUUGUCCAGUUGAUGGAAACUGGGGCCAAUGGUCGACUUUCUCGCAGUGCAACAAGACUUGUGGUUAUGGUUAUCAGCAUAGGUAUAGAAAAUGUGACAAUCCGCCCCCUGCAAAUGGAGGAGAUGACUGCUAUGGACCAUCAGUUGACCAAGCAGAGGGCUGUAAUCCACAGCUAUGUCCAACACAUGGAGGCUGGAGUAGCUGGGAAGGCACAGGUGCUUGCAAUCAGGCCUGCGGAGGAGGUCAAAUGGUGCAGCUUCGUUACUGUGAUAAUCCAAGACCUGAGUUUGGCGGGAAAUUUUGUCAGGGAAGUCCAAAUAAAACAGAGCCUUGUGCAUUCAAAGAAUGUAAAGGUUAUCAAGUUCUUUUCUCCUUCACUCUUAUUGAUUUUGAAUGGGAUUACAAGUAUUUUUACUUAAGCAGUCAAAUAUCGGCCCAUCUCUCGGCAGAAAUACAAGCCAAUAUUUAUUCACUUUACAAGAACGCGCCUUAUGUAUCUGGAGUAAGAAUUCAGGGAUUCAGGCGAAGUUUGGCAAGCAAAAGAAAACGUCGAGAAACCAGAAAAGAGCACGUGAUUGCAAAUACAGUUAUUUACUACUCAGAAAUCAAACAAGGAGAGGUUCUUUAUUUGCAAGACUACGUCACUUCUAAAGGAAAAUUGUUUAAUUUGACAAUUACUAAAUUGGAUACGAAAGCCUUAAAUGAAUUGCCCGAUCCUCCACAAAAUCUUACAGUAUCUCCAAUUGACCCGAACACGCUCCACUUAUCCUGGAUGCCGCCGAAAAAUUUGAGCCAGUAUUCAAAUCUCACCAUGUACUAUGUGUUCUAUCGUGAAAAUUAUAAUGAAGUUGGCCAAUGGAAUGUAAGAGGUCUUCCGAUAACUAGUACUGAAUUUAACAUAACCCGGUUGACGCCAGUUACCUUGUAUACAAUACGAAUGACCGUCUCCAUCACUAAUGGAAAUGGUCCUGCCACCAAAGAGGUACUGAAAAGAACGUCAGAAGGAGCUCCGAGUAUUCCUCCUAAAAACCUUAAGCUGCGACCCAUCAAACCAACGCAGAUAUACGUAGAGUGGGACCCUAUUCCGUCUUAUUAUUAUCAUGGAAAUCCACUUGGCUACAUCGUCUAUUACAAAAAUUACCAAGAGAGCAGUUAUCACCAGGCAAAAGUACCUUAUGGAGCAUCAGACGUGAUUUUAAAAGAUCUCAAGCCAUUUCAAAUUUACCUCGUAAUCGUCAGAGCAUAUACAGCUGUUGGGGUCGGACCGGGGUGUACAGGCCUGACGAAGACUCCAGAGGGAGUUCCAGCCGUCUAUCCUCCAAACGUUCGAGUGCGGGAGAAGUAUUCCUUGGACAGUGUUAUGGUAACCUGGGAUGAAAUUGCUGCGGAAAAGUCAAACGGCCGUUUAAAAGGAUACAAAGUCAAGUACACGAUAACCAAAAUGUCGAAUGUAGAUGUUCUGGUAACUAGCAGUAGUACAAAAGAGAUAAUCCUCGAUAAAUACACGUUUAGGUUGAAAAUCACUGGCCUGACCAGCUAUACAACGUAUGCCGUAUCAGUCUGCGGUUUCACAGAUGCUGGUAAUGGGCCCUAUUCGGAUCCCGUUAUUGCAGAAACCUGCAAAUGCCCUUCCAAUAUAUUCUUAAACUGGUACGAAAGCAGACCAUACGUGACUAAAUUUGCAAAUAAUACAGUUCAUGGAAUUUUCAAACAAUCAAUCGACAGAAUGGUUAAAAAGUCUUGUGGAACUUGCAACGGAAUCGCGCCAUUCGUUAAUUACUACAUAGGUCCAAAUGGGGAAAGUCCAGAAAAAAAUAGCGGAUUGGCAGUUAAAACACACAUUGGAGAUGGCUAUCACAUUACCUUUCCAGUCUUUGGGAGAGCAGAAAUUCGGAACUUUAUGGAUCACCAUAUAUUUGUGUUGCUUGUACAGUCUGGAGGCAGUGCAAUGAUUGUUAGUGGGGUCAUUGAUUACGCUGCAAAGACGCUGAAUGCAUUAAAAUCAGCUAAAUCGACCUGGCCGAUUGUGGCAAUUUCACUUCUUAUGAGCAUCAUUGUUGGUAUAAUGAUCUGGUCUGUCGAACAAUUUCAAAAUGAGGAAUUUUCACGUGGACGAUAUAUAUUUGGAAUUUGCCAAGGACUUUGGUGGGCAUUUGUUUCUAUGACCACUGUCGGAUACGGAGACAUAACACCACGAACCUACCUUGGUAAAAUAAUUGGUAUGAUAUGGACGUUGAUUGGCUUAGUGUUAACUGGAAUACUAACAGGUGCCUUGACGUCGACGGUCACUGCGUUAAGUAUAUCACCUACAGCUACCCUGUACGAUACAAAAACUGCUGUUAUAAAUAGCUCUUAUGAGUAUGGUUUGGCGGUGAGACGAAAUGCAAAAAUUGCUUCCAACGCAAGAUUUGAAACUGCUGCAGAGGUCCUCUCUGCUUUGGAGAAGAAGCAAGUGGACGCAGCACUUCUGGAUGCCUUUGUAACGGCAAGUCACACCCCAACGAUCAACAGGUUGAAUCUCAAAGUGAAGAAAGUCAUUCCAGGAAAUGCAGGCUUUGGUUUUGUUCUUUCUAAAGAGUUAGUCCGUCUUGAAAGUGACUUCCGGAGUCAUAUUUCUUCAGAGAAAACCCUAAUAUCAGAAUUCGUUGCUCAGAUGACAAGUAUGCUUGAGAUUUCAGAUGAAAAGCCGCCAAAGAUCAAGCUGUUUGAUCCAAAGACUCCAGUAUUUUGGAUCAUCCUGAAAUAUCUUUUGGUAAUGCUUGGAAGCUUUGCCUUGCUAGGAAUUUCCUGGACAGUAUUUAAAAGAUUUAGGAAACCAAACAAAGUUGCACCUGCCGUCGGGAGAAUGAAAAAGUUUGUUGAUUCUUUUGAAGACCAAUUGGAAGACUUUAGAAAGCAUCUUGAACAUAUAACAGAAGAGAUGAGUGAACAAAACUUAAAUGAUAUAUUGACAUUAACCUAUCUAAAGAAGAGCCUCGGAAGACAUCAAUUUCGUAUUCAGAACUCGUAACCUAUAUAGUGCUUUCCUGCUCAUUUUUGUCGUCUGAUUGAAUGUAUAAUCAUUUCUACUUCAAACUGAUGCUGAUCCAAAUAUGUAUCUGAGCAUGUAUAUAUUUUUCUUAUGAAUUUAGCGUUUAAGUCCUUUCGUAAAUAAGUUGAUGUUAAAGCGAUAAAUUUUUCUAGAAUAGAGUAAUGAUUUUCUAGUUACUUAGCGUAUAAUUUAGAUUCCAACACGUGUGCAGGAGUCAGUAGAAAUCAAGCAUGCUUUGACGCACCGGUAAAUAGCCAUUGUCAUAGUGCCUUAAAAAUGUGAAUGUGUAUAAAAUAAGCAGUUUUCCAUUCUUGGAAUGCGUCUGAUGCAGUUUGCGCGGUUGUAAAAACGUGUGCUAAAAUUCUUGAUUUUAGGUGGAAAGUCUCUGAAAAGUGUAGUAUAAACAUAUUGAGAGAUUAACUUGGGAAAGAUCCUAGAGUUCAGUUCAGUUCAGUAUUAUUUUAAAUUCCACUGGAUACAUACACUUGUUACAAAUUAGAAAUAAUCCAAGCUUAAAAGUAUAAACAAUGCAAAAGGAAGUUAAAUAAUAUAAACGUAACAUAACAAAUACAGAGUAGUGGAGAAACAAGCUAGUACUGUAAACAGGGAAUUAUUUAAAGGAUGCCUUAAGAGGCUCUUUGUUAAGGCAUCAGAUUAACAGUUCUCGUAAUGCUUGCUUAGCAAAAGUGAAUGAUUUCGAAAAGAGUGAUUUCCUUUCUAAAAUGUAAUCUAGACAUGAAUAUGUUGACAGUCAACAUGACCCGAAAUUGUUUAUAAAGUCACCACGUCGAUGAAUUAAAACAUUGAUAUUUGUAACGAAUGAAGUGGAGGAUAGUUCUAUCCUCCCUACGGUACUGUGACCUCCUUAUACCUAGUUCAGUAACUAUUAUGAAUUUGAUAAUAUGAAGGACUCUUUAUGGUUUAAUUAGUAGGUAACUUUUAAGUUUGAAUUCCUAAAUAUUUUCUUAGUCUAUGAUAACAGUCGAAAUUACUGCUUGUUGUUCAGUAUGUUGAUCAGUAACCAUUUUACAAAGACUGAUAAACCAUUUUGAUUUAAUAGAAAACUCGCACGUGAAAA